AUGGCUUCUAAUCCGCCAGCAGAGUGCUGCAUCAGGGGCUUCAUACACGAAGGCACCGUUACCGGCGAAACGAAGAAGAUAGGAAACACUAACCAGACCACAGCUGAUAUCUACUUUGCCCAGCCAAAGGAAUCCAACAAGAAGGCUGGAAAGGCGGUUAUCAUUCUCUCAGAUGUGAUGGGCAUACAUUCCAACUCCCAGCUGCUUGCAGACUACAUCGCGGCCCAGGGCUACCUCACAGUGAUCCCUGACUUGUUCCACGGCGACAAGCUGACGCCCGACUGUUUCAAGCCUGACUCUGGGUUUGAUCUCUAUGGCUGGCUGGCAAAGCAUGGCACUGACGUCGUCGACCCUAUCGUCGAGUCUACUGUGAAGCUGCUGCGGGAAGAGCAUGGAAUCGAGAAACUCGGUGGCGUGGGAUACUGCUUUGGUGGCAAGCUAAACGUUGGAUACACGGCCCAUCCAUCAUUCGUCUCGCGGGAGGAGCUAUCUGCCAUAGAAGGACCCCUAUCCAUUGCAGCUGCUGAGGUUGACGAAAUCCUAACGACACCCCUGCGUCAUGAGUCUGAGGAGAUUCUGGCAAAAGUCGGCAAGCCAUACCAGAUAAGCCUAUAUGGAGGAGUGUCUCAUGGGUUUGCUGUCCGUGGUGACUUGUCUAACCCGGAUAUCAUGUUCGCAAAAGAACAGGCGUUGGCCCAGGCGCUGGCUUGGUUUGGCCAAUAUCUGUGA